UGAACUUUCAGCAAAUUUGGGAUUUGCUCUGCAGGUCCAUCUGCCCAAGAGCCCAUUGAAGUCCUUUUCCAAUGUCCCUGAAACACGGGCACACGAAUACAAUCGCUAAUCCAGCAUGGGCGUGUAUUUCUUUGGAAUUGAGUAAACAACUGCAUUUAAAACCUUCAUCUACAAGAUUGCUACACUUUUGAAACAAUUUGGUAAGAGUUUAAUGCACCAAUUUAUGUUUAAUUUCACUACCGCUGGAAGUCGUAAGUAAAUGAGCCUUUUCCAGACCCACUCCCAAUUGUGAAGGUCUGGGUGUUCCCAGGCUAUAGCCAGCGCUGUGUCUAAAUAUUGCACCAUAAUAGAGAAGGAAUGUUGAAAGCCAGAUGCUAUGGAAACUAAAUGGAGCCAGUUUUAGGAUCACUCAAACUUAAGCCCUCAUUGUUAUGUCCGCACACAAGUGUUUCUCCGUAAUGUAUCAAGUUAGUGUUCAGUGAUGCAGUGAGUUGUUCUGUUGUGCUGAGAGCAUUUUAUUAUGCUUGACCGAUCAGUGUUUAAUGACUUGAGUCUGUUGGUGGGAGUUUGAAAAUGUAAGUAGAUGAUACGAUGAGUUGACGCUACCACGUCUCGGUGUAAUUCUUAUCAAAUAUAACACUCUGAGAGACACUUUAGUGUGUUUAAAUGCUAGUGACAUCCUCUGGGCUUGGUGAGAUAAUACACAUUCAUAGCCCCAUUGGUUUAGAUAAGGUUAGGGGGUCAGGGAAAAGAGAUGAAGACGAAAUCCAUUAAAGGAUUAGUGCAUAACUAAUGCACUGCUGGAUUAGUGGGCAGAGAAAGAACGGAUGAUGAUGGAGAGAGAGAGAGAUGGACAGAUAGAGAGAGAGUGAGAGAGAGUGGGGGCAAUGAGCAGAUGGAGGAAUUGGCAGGGAAAAAACAGGAAAAACAGAGACAGCGAGAACAACUCCAAAAAAAGAAGACACAAUCAGUAAAUAAGUAAACAUUACAACUGUGUUUACAUCAGUUUUAGAACAAGAGAGAGAGAGAGAGAGAGGAAAAGAGAAAUAGAGAGGAGAAUCCAUCCUCUCAUUAUUGUCCUCGGGGAGAGGCUUUGGAUUUUUCUCCCUAAACCUGAUCACACAUCCACUGGGAUCGCAGAGCUAUGGAUGUGGAAGACAUUAUUCGCUGCAUCAAAGAGGGAGAUGAAGAUGGCAUCUGGGUGCAGCUGCAGCACUUCAACAGAGAGUAUGCGCAGUGCUUCUUUUUUGAUGAAGAGGAACAGGAGCGGAGAAGGAGGCAGGAACUGGAACAGUUCAAGAAGAAUAAGGUGCGGGACUAUUUGCCCGACUCUGAUUCUGACUAUGAUGAAAAGGCAGAGGACCCGGAUGUUAUUCUCAGACUGAACCUAGCAGCAGUUCUUACCCAGUACAUCCGCUCAGAUCCACCUGGGCGAGUGCUGAGGGCGUGUCUGCAAACCCUACGGAUCCUCUCGAGGGACAAAAAGAUCCUGGGGCCCCUGGUGACGGACAACUCUUUGCUCAUUCUGGCUAAGCUCGGAGGGGUGAACAGCGGCGUCCCCUCCCGAGAUGAUGAGGACGACCCCGAGAACCCCUACGCGUCCAUCCUGGAGGCCCUCGCCGAGGUGCGCCGGAGUGAUGACCACGGCCACCGGAGCGCCGACGGCGACGUGGACGACGGCAACGAGGACGACUACGAACCCCACAGCUCGGCCGAGGGCUCCGGUGACAGCGCCCAGGACGACGGCACCGACCCUGAAGGCGAUGAGUACACUGGCUACGGGGCCCACUACGGACGGGUGGACAGCAACACCACGCACGCCUGCGUCGGGGGUCAGCCAAGGGGCAGCAUUCAAAAGAUGCUCGCACGGGGCAAGAAAGACAACCGCAUGAGCAUCGCGCCAGUCGCUGGAGACGAGGAAGAGGGGGAGGCCUCAGAGGACAUUCAGAGGAAGGAGGCGAUGAAGGUGCUCUGUAAUGUGGUCUACAACAGUGUCUGGGCCCAGGAAAGAGCUAGCGAGCUCAGACUCCUAUCAGGUGUAACAGAGGCCUUGGGUUCAGAGGCUCGGUCACUGUCUCCCCACUGUGGUCAGUUCUAUGAACUGCGCUUCAUGUUCCUCUUGACGGCAUUGAGACCUGAACUAAGGACGCAGCUAAAGCAGGAGGGAGGUGUACCCCUGUUGACUGCGCUCCUUGAGCAGUGUCUGGAGGUGCAGUGGGGUGAGCAGAACCACGUGCUGCCACGUGUGCCCCCUGUCCCCCCGGAGGCCUCACAGCGAGCCAUGGAGGCCUUGAAGACCCUGUUCAACAUCACCCACAGUGCACACACCCAGGAACCCAGUGAGGAGGACUCUGCUCUUUAUCGCCACCUAGCUGUCAUUCUUGGCCACUGCCUAAUGGUUACCUGCGAGGGAGAGAAGGAAACGGAUGACCUGAGAGGACACACAGUUAAUCUGCUGUCUGCGCUGCCUCUGAGUUGUCUGGACGUCCUCGCGACUGUGCCACUCUCUCCGAACUCCGAGCAGUGGGAGGGCUUGAACAUGGACGGUGUCCACUCCCUCCUGCUCUACAUGGAGAGGAAGCUGGAGAAGGGCCAUAAGGUGAAGGAGAAGCUCACACCAGUGCUAAACUUCCUGACGGAAAUCAGCAGAGCUCACAGACAGACACGUCGCUACCUCAGACAGCAGAUCCUACCCCCGUUGAGAGACGUCAGCUUGCGUCCAGAGCACGGCACGACACUGAAGAGCCGGCUGGUGCGCCUCAUGACCCACGUGGACACGGAGCUGAAGCACUGCGCUGCUGACCUGCUCUUCAUCCUCUGCAAAGAGAACGUGGGCCGGUUCGUGAAGUACACGGGCUAUGGCAACGCCGCAGGCCUCCUGGCUACCAGGGGGCUGCUGGGAGGUCAGUCCAAGAGCAGCGUCGUCACGGCAUAUUACUCCAGCGACUCGGACUCGGACACUGAGGAGUACCGGCAGGCCAAGGAUCGUGUGAACCUAGUGACAGGGCGGGUGGAGGAAGAACAGCCCGACCCGAUGCAGGGAAUGACAGAAGAAGAGAAGGAAGAAGAGGCACGACGCCUGGUGUCUCUCUUCAGCAAACUCUCAAGAGAGAAUGUGAUUCAGCCAAUGGGGCUGAACGCAGAAGGCCGCCUGACCCCGAUGUCUGGACUCAUGACUGACCCCAUGGCCGAGGAGAAUGAUCAGGAGAACGGUGGUGUUGACGACCUGGAAGAUGUGGAGUAGAGGCAAAAGGAACAAUUAACUUGAAUUAACGAGUUAAUUUGCUUCAGCCAUUACCAGAAGCUUGCGGACACACUAGUGUAUUUGUUGUAAUUUUCCGCUAAAAAUUGAUUAUAACCCAUCCUUUCAUUUACAGGAAGGAAAGUUUUAAAGGGUAAAAAACCUGUAUGAAUCAUCAUUAUUUUGUGCCCACAUCAGUUCCCAGAUGCCCUGAUCGAAAGGGGAACUAGACCAAGUUUCCCAGCAAUGGUAUAGCCACAGAGUUCUGAUGAACUGAUGAAGUACAUUCCUAACCAGCUAAACCGAUACUAUAAUUCAUUUCCACUGUAUUUUGUGAUGCAUAGAGUAUGUACUUCUUUUUUCCCAACCAUCCAAGGUGAUGUGAGAGGACAUUUCCGUUGUACUAGUGUGUUCUCAUCAUUCUGGUCUUUGAAAGCUGUGCACUUCCCUUUCUCGAUAAUGUUCUGUUUAACUGCAACAGGAGUAAGCGUAAUCUAUCGAUGAUAUUCACUCAUGAAUCAUUAAAGGUUCAUUUCUUUAUUCA